UGCUUUGUGGGGGUUUUCACCUCACUGCUCUCAUUUGCUGGCUCUUCUUCUUUUUUUUUUUUAAUAACGAAACUCGAGUUAAUCAAAGGUCAUAAACACUCAUAGCUGGAAGAUCCAGUUGCUUCAGUUUCAGGUAAAACAAGAAAUUGUGGCUGGGAGUAGUGGUGGCUUCUUGAGGGUCUCCCAGCCAGGACACCAGUUCCAUUUUUAUGACCCAGCUAACUGAGUAAUACUGUUGCUUCGACUUCUGCGAUUUCAGAGUGUGCCAUGGCUCAGUGUUGGAGGGAUUAGAGCUCACUGCGCCUGCGCAGGCUCCAUAAAAAUACAGACUCACCAGUUCCUGCUUUGAUGUGACAUGUGACUCCCCAGAAUACAUCUUGCUUCUGUAGACCAGCUCCAACAGGAUUCCAUGGUAGCUGGGAUGUUAGGGCUCAGGGAAGAAAAGGCAGAAGACCAGGAUCUCCAGGGCCUCAAGGACAAACCGCUCAAGUUUAAAAAGGUGAAGAAGGAUAAGAAAGAAGACAAGGAAGGCAAACAUGAACCCCCGCAGCCGCCAGCCCACCACUCUGCUGAGCGCGCGGAAGGGUCUGGCUCGGCCCCCGCCGUCCCAGAAGCUUCUGCCUCUCCUAAACAGCGGCGCUCCAUCAUUCGCGACCGUGGGCCUAUGUAUGACGACCCUACCCUCCCAGAAGGCUGGACCCGAAAGCUAAAGCAAAGGAAAUCGGGCCGCUCCGCUGGGAAGUAUGAUGUGUAUCUGAUCAAUCCGCAGGGAAAAGCCUUUCGCUCUAAAGUGGAGUUGAUUGCGUACUUCGAAAAGGUAGGCGACACCUCCCUGGACCCUAAUGAUUUUGACUUCACGGUAACUGGGAGAGGGAGCCCCUCGCGGCGAGAGCAGAAACCACCUAAGAAGCCCAAAUCUCCCAAAGCUCCAGGAACUGGCAGAGGCCGGGGACGCCCCAAAGGGAGCGGCACCACGAGACCCAAGGCAGCAGCAUCAGAGGGUGUGCAGGUGAAGAGGGUCCUGGAGAAGAGUCCCGGGAAGCUGCUGGUCAAGAUGCCUUUUCAAGCUUCACCCGGGAGCAAGGCCGAGGGGGGCGGGGCCACCACGUCCACCCAGGUCAUGGUGAUCAAACGGCCCGGCAGAAAGAGAAAAGCCGAGGCCGACCCCCAGGCCAUUCCCAAGAAGCGAGGCCGCAAGCCGGGCAGUGUGGUUGCGGCGGCUGCCGCCGAGGCCAAGAAAAAAGCCGUGAAGGAGCCUUCCGUCCGGUCUGUGCAGGAGACCGUGCUUCCCAUCAAGAAGCGCAAGACCCGGGAGACUGUCAGCAUCGAGGUGAAGGAGGUGGUGAAGCCCCUGCUGGUGUCCACCCUCGGCGAGAAGAGCGGGAAGGGACUGAAGACCUGCAAAAGCCCCGGGCGCAAGAGCAAGGAGAGCAGCCCCAAGGGGCGCAGCAGCAGCGCCGCCUCGCCCCCCAAGAAGGAGCACCCCCCCCAGAGCUCCGAGGACCCUGCCAGCCCCCCCGAGCCCCAGGACUUGAGCAGCAGUGUCUGCAAAGAGGAGAAGAUGCCGCGCGGAGGCUCGCUGGAGAGCGACGGCUGCCCCAAGGAGCCAGCUAAGACUCAGCCCGCGCUCGCCACUGCCGCCACGGCCGCAGAAAAGUACAAACACCGAGGGGAGGGCGAGCGCAAAGACAUUGUCUCAUCCUCCAUGCCACGGCCCAACAGAGAGGAGCCCGUGGACAGCCGGACGCCCGUGACCGAGAGAGUCAGCUGACUUUGCACAGAGCGGAUUGCAGAGCAAACCAAGAAUAAAGGCAGCUGUUGUCUCUUCUCCUGUGGGUAGGGCUCUGACAAAGCUUCCCGAUUAACUGAAAUAAAAAAGAUUUUUUUUUCUUUCAGUAAACUUAGAGUUUCGUGGCUUCAGGGUGGGAGUAGUUGGAGCAUUGGGGAUGUUUUUCUUACCGACAAGCACAGUCAGGUUGAAGACCUAACCAGGGCCAGAAGUAGCUUUGCACUUUUCUAAACUAGGCUCCUUCGACAAGGCUUGCUGCAGAUACUACUGACCAGACAAGCUGUUGGCCAGGCUUCCGAGGGUACGCCUGCACCUCCCCCACUCAGCCCUUCCCCACUGUGGUCGCUAGGGACGGAGAGCAGUGGAAAGGACACUCCCGCUCUCGGUGCCACCGUGCCCCAGUCUUGGAGCUCCUCUCCCCCCCCCGCCCCGCCCCAGGUCCCACAGCUCCCCUACUCCCAGCCACGUUGGGACGAGGAGGCGUGAGACAGGAGAGACAGUUGGAGCCUUUAGAGAAGCAGACAGAGGUGGCCAGUGGCUCCGGCCCCUGCGAUCCCGCAGUGGUGGCACACGGCUCGCCCCAUGCCAGCCCCCAUCCAGAACCAACCAGGACAUUUCGCAGGACAGGGAGGUAGCACCUGUUUGCUCCCGUCUGGCACGGCUGGGAGGGAGUUGUCCUUUGAGCGGCUGGGUGCAGACUGGCCUGAGCCAGAGGAGAGGCGGCCCAGGGCUGGCCUCCGGUGGGCUACGCAGGAGAGAGGCUGCGGAGGCCCCAGGCCCGGCGCAGGCAGGGCCCCUGGACGGCUGAGCGCUGCAGGGCAGAGGAGGGUUCCCAGCUGCUCAGAGCAGUGCGGGACGGGUAGCUGGAGGCUUAGCAGACAGGGCGGGUGCCGGGGGAAGGAGGGCAAAUGUUCUUCCAAAACUUUCCAAUUCUACUCCUGUAGGGACAGCGUAGACUAUUCGCACUACUCAGUCUUUGUGCUCCCACUUCGAAACAAUUUGCUCUGCGAGCUAACUGGCUUGAGUCGGUGACGGCCCGUCGAGCCGCCAGGCGCGGUGGUGUUCAGAGCUCCCUGGUCUGUGUACGCCUGCGCUUGUUUUCAAGUGGGCUCAGCGCAUAGGGCUCCCACGAAGCUCCGAAACUCUAAGUGUUUGCUGCAAUUUUAUAAGGACUUCCUGAUUGCUUUCUCUCUGUCCUUCUGUCUCUGCCGUUCAUUUUACUCGCAUUUCUUCCCCCCCCUCCCGGCCCAUCCCUUCUGUUCCAGGCCGUCGCAGUACCCCACUGUACCCCUGAGCCAGUGCUUGUUAGCCCAGGCCCCAGGACUCCCUGCCCUGGGCUUCCACUGCUAGCACCUGCCCCACCCUGUUCUGAGCUCUGAGGAAGCCCAGGGCUUGCCAUGGCACCUCCACUUCUGAAGAGCCAGGGCUUGCCCUCCUGGGAGCCCCCCCACCAUCCGUGGUCAGCAGGAGCAAAAGGCCUUCAGCUCCUGAGCCCCAGGCCUUCGCCACCUAAAGAGAUGGGCCAGGCAGGAGUGGGGCUGAGUUGGGGUCUGGAUUGGACUGCCAGGGGAAGCGCAGAAACCACCCCGCCCUCGCCCCCACUUGAGCCGGCGGGGACCUCUGCCAGGCCUGGUGGCAGGCGGCCAAGGGUAGGGGCCCCGGAGCAGAGCUGGGACCAGCACCUAGGCCGCUGUGGCCCCUCAGCCCCCUCCUUUGCCACGAGUAUUUUCCUAAGGGAAAACACUCGGCUUCUGCAUGCGGAGCCUGGGCAGGCCCGGCCCCCUGGGCCUCCCUCCGCUCAUGGGACGGUGCGGCCUCAGAGGCUCGGCUUUGCUGCGGUGUGCGCAGCGAUCGGUUUCCAUCUGGGAUCCCAUCUCUUCCACCUCUGUUCAGGAAGUCCUUAUCUAGCUGCGUCUCUUCAUCAUAUUGGUAUAUCCUUUUCUGUGUUUACAGAGAUGCCAUCUUAAUCUGUCCAACUGAGAAGUACCUUAUCAAAGUAGCAAAUGAGACAGCAGUCUUAUGCUUCCAGAAACACCCACAAGCACGUCCCACGUGAGCUGCUGCCAUGAACUGUCAAGUGCGUGUUGUCUCGUGUAUUUCAGUCACUGUCCCCUGGCUUCCGCAGCGCAGUGUGGCCGUGGAGGGGUGAAGCGCCCUAGAACCCGCCUCGCGCUUCUUCGCCGGUCUUUAGUGAUCGGAAACCAGAGCUGACAGCACCAAGCAGUAGCUUAAGCAAACGCCGUGUCUGUCUCUUCCAGGAUGGUCAGAAGCAAGGGGGUUUGCCUGUUCUGUCUGUAGAGUCCUAGUUAUUCCUUCUAGCAUUUCUGUGUCCGUUCGCUCACGCUGCGAAAGCCAGCCCCACAAGCGAGACUGCUCUGCUGCCGGCCUCCCUGCUUCACCUCCGGACCUCCCCAGGAAGGGCGAGUCCUCCCGAGCCCCUCUCCUCUGAGGACGAGGCGCCUGACCUCACAGUGGCCUCGCACUGCCGGUACCCCCGAAGGACGCCUGUGCACGUGUGCAUGCGUCCGGCCCGGGCCACGGGGGCGGCAUCUGCCGGGCUCAGUCGGGUUUGGGUCCGUUGUUCAGUCCAGUGUCAGGAACCGGCCCACCGUCAGCUCAGUACCACCUGGUGCUGGGGAGAGGAGUGGGGGCUGGGCCCCUCUUUGGUCCUGCCAGUUACCGGGGAGCUGACUGGGUGCUGCCAGUGGAGAACAGUGUUUUAAGUGGCAUUUUCUUUCAGUUUGACCUGCCCCAGCCCCGGUACCCCUGUAGACGUCCAGCACCGCAGGCUGCCUGCGGCCCCCGGGCUUUGUUUUGCUCUCUUCUCCCUUUGCUACCUACCUUCCACUUCCCCAGUUCCAGGCUUUACCAGGCAGUCAUCUUGAAGCUGGCCGCCAUGACACUUCAUCACCGUCUGGGGCAUUAGAGGGACAGAGAGAGCCUACGCUGUGGGCUUCUUGGCAGCGAUACCCUGCCCAGGUGUGACCUUUCCUGUGUUUCUGUUGAACACCUUGAAGGUCGGGGGCCCCCUUGAGGGAUGCCAUGAAGAACGCCCCAGUCAACUGAUAGCUGCGCAGCCAGCUCACAGAGGUCGUGUUCGUCGUCUUCCCAGUCCUGGUUCUAGGUUAGUCACUCCCUCCUCCCCCAGCAGGAUGCCGUGUGUCCUUGAGCUCCUGCUACUCACCCAGGCCGGCCAGUGCCCUUGCCAGCCGGACCCUGCCGUGAACUGGGGACACUUGGCCACAGCCAGGCUCUCGUAAGGCUCCCUUCCUGACGGUGCUGUAUUCGCGUAUCAGAAGGCAGCACAUGCCCAGUCUGUCCCCGCCCACCUAGCCAAGGACCCAGCUGUCAGGGCCCCCGGAGGUAAAUGCCACGACAGGUUGCCUCACCCGAGAGCCUGACGCAGGCGCAGGUGACCCGUUUACUGAUAUCGCUCCAGCCCAGAGGCCACAGAAGAUAGUAACAGGACCUGGAGCAGCUCCAGGUUGCCUGUUUUUCUGCCCAGGGUGGCAUUGCCAGGGUGGCAAAGACAGAGGAGAGCUGCAGCCCACACAGGGCCAAGUGUGGUGGGGAAGGAGUUUUCCUCGGGCUCUCUAGAUUUUAAGUAACUUUUCACAGGAACCUCACACCCAGGAGGGAGCACAGGGUAUGAAUUCAGUCCACCAGGUGGGGCCCACCAGGUCUCGUGGCACCCUGCAGCCCCCACUGUGUCUCCUCUAGCCUCGACCCCCUUUCCAGAGCAUUCCAACCUGGCUGACGGGGCCUGGAGCGGUCACUGGUACUGGUUCUUGGAGAAGACCGUCCUGAGUGGGUGUCCUCACCCACACUAUGUCCAGAUUCAAGCUUCAUGCACAAGUUCUAGGGCCUGUAGCCCAGACUUCAAGAAGUGAGCUAUGUCUGCAGCCCCGUGGCCUCUGCCUGGCCAGUCCCAAGGCAGGCCCUGCUCCUGGCCCCCCUUAGCCCUGCCCUUUCACCUUCCUUCCCGCCCUUGCUUGUGCAAGGACCCUAUCUUCGAGGUCUUCCUCAGCGAACUAGUCUGCUCUGAGGGGGUUAGUUGAGUCUCCGUUUUUGUCUUUCUCCUAGACCCCAAGAUCCCGACCACACACAUCUUUCAAAGGCCUGGCGUGGUGGUUACGGAUGGAGAUGGCUAUGACGCUGCUGCCUCAGGGUCCAAGUCUCGUAGUAAAUGUUGGGGGAGGGAACAAACAACUGCAGCCUGUUCUCAGCAAUUUGCCAGGAAAACCUAGAAAACACUUGGCAGAAAAUAGUAUUUUGCUGUUUGUGGGUACGGAAGCGCAAGCUCUUGCAAACAGUGCUGCUGUCAGAGUGCCUGGCACUUGGCCUGGCAGGUGUGCUGAGUGCACCAGCCCGAGCCGGCAGCGCUUGAACCGCAGCCGGGCCCUCUUCUCCAGGACGGACCCGCUCUCCAUAGGCAGGGUGGCAGCCCCUGGGGGCCCGGCUGCUUGCCACUGGCACAGCUGCAGGCACCCAGCCCUGGGUGUGGGAGCGGGUGUUGGGCAGCGGUCCUGAAGUCCCGAUGGCUUCACUACCUAGCAUCACCCUGUUGCUUGCUUUUGCUCCUCUCCUCAGAGCUACCCCAUGCACUGAUUGGUCAGGAAGACAGGAGUUCCAAGGGCCCCAGCCAUUCGCAAAGAGGGGUGUACCCUCUGCCUGGGGUACCUGGCUCCUGGGUCCGUCCCUGGGGGUCAGCUCCCUUGGGGUCUAGGACCUAGGUGACUAAGCGCCCCUGCUGAGUUGGGAGGUAAGGGCAGAGGCCUGAGCGUUGCCGCAGAGGGUGGCCCUUCAGCCCUCUGGGAGAGCCCUGGGCUGGAGCAGGUGUGGUCAUAGACUCCGCCCCAGCAGAGCCAAGGCCUGCACCUUGGAGCUCGCGAACAUGUGCGCUUGCAGUCGCCUUUGCUCCCCCAGCGCCCUAGCUGGCCUUCCUCAGUCCGGCUCAGCAGCGAGAGAAACGAGGUGAGAAGGCUGAGAGGCCUGACUCUGCCCGCAGCGCGUGUCCAGUGACAAGCUGUUCUCCUGGUGACCCCGAUUCCACCCAGUAUCUUCUAGACCGUACGCAUAGGCCUGCUUUGUCUCUUCGAUCCUGGGCUUUUAUUUUCUUUUUAGUUUUGCUUUUAGCUUUUCAGUCCUUUUUAUUUAAUGCAUCGACUAGACACACAAAGCAGUUGAAUUUUGAUAUAUAUAUAUCUGUAUAUUGCACAAUUAUAAACUCAUUUUGCUUGUGGCUCCACACAAAAACAGACCUGUUCCAAUUACACCUGCUGCUUAAUCACGGUAUUUCUGAUAACCAUAGCAUAGGUCAAGGGAAAUAAAACAAAAACUAAAAAAAAAAAAAAAAAAAAAAAAACCGACAAACCUGUCUGCUGGUUACUUCUGUCCCAGCGAAUCUGUGGUCUUUUCCUCGGCUUUUCUCAAGGGCUUCCCUGUGCCAAGUGAAGGAGACGCCGGGCAGCCCCGGUUUCACACUGUCUCUCCGUGCUUGUGAGAAGACCCAGGACGCCUGUGCGGGGCCUUCUCCUGUGGCUCAUGGAUGCCCCGGGAGAGUCCAGAGACCCGUGGCCAGUGGCCAGGCCCAUGGGAGCUGGCUCAGCAGGGCUCCCCUCUGCGGGGUUCCAGGGUCUGGAGGGGGGAGGCCUUGGGAACCCCAGAGCACCUAUGAGAGUUCGGUGGGCCCCUCCAGGAGGUAGCGAAGACUCCAGAAAUGUCCUUUUCUCAUUUCCCCUCACAAGUAAUUUCAUUUGCUUUUGUAAUUCGUAAUGAGCAAUACCUGCUAGAGUUUAGCUGUAAGUUCUUUUUGAUCUUUUUUUUUUAAGUAAUUAAAAACACCAAAAAAAAAAAAUCCAGAAACUUGUUCUUCCAAAGCAGAGAGCAUUAUAAUCACCAGGGCCAAAAGCUUCCCACCCUCGUCAUUACUUCUGAGGCCUGACUCCGAAAGAGACACUCUUGGCUCUUGGGGUGACUGAGCUCCCCUGGCCCCUCUGGGCCAGGCAGGGGCACGCCCCAGCCUGCCUUCAGUGUUGCGGGGGGGGGGGGCUGAGACCUUCCCCAGCCAGCCUUUGGGGGGAAGAGGAGCAGCAGGACACGUUGCCAUUGCUGUGUGGCCACUGGUAGGCAGGCGUCCGCGUGUGGCCACUCGCGUGCUUUCCGACAGUGCCACGCCACGCCCGAGUUCGCUGCCCCUGGCCACCCGGAGCCCCGGGGCCAGCCCGGUUCAGUGUUUCUGGGGAGCUGGCCACUCAAGUGCGAAGCCUGCUCCUUCCCUGUUCCAAGGCCUCCUGUUCGGUUGUCCCUGCCUCGGUGAAUGUCAGCGCCCCCCAGUCCCGGCCGGGAACCCGUGACCAAGCAGCACCGGGACUGUUAGUGUGUGCGCGCCGCGCCGGGCUCCCCUGUGCCGCCCGCCCUUGCCCUCCUGGUCUUUUCUGGGGUUUUCUGUUUAGGUUUACUUUGGUUUUUGAUUUCUCCUUUUGUGUUCCAAACACGAGGUUCUUUACUGGUCCUCUUAACUGUGGUGUUGAGGCUUCUGUUUGUGUACUUUUGGUGGGUGAAAGGAACUUUGCUAAGUAAAUCUCUUCUGUGUUUGAAUUGGUCUGUAUUGUAACCAUGUUUAAAGUAAUUGUUCCAGAGACAAAUGCUUCCAGACACCUUUUCUUUACAAACAAAAAGUGGGGAAGGAGGGAGGGGAUAGUGACUGACAGGAGAGGGGCUGACCUUUCUCCGCAGGGAGAGCUGGAGAACAACCCCCCUCCCCCGCCCGUAGCAGCCAGAAGCCACCCACAGAAGUAAGCCUAAGCCCGUGGACCAGGUAGCUGGCAUGUGCCACUUCGGUUUUGUUCCCCCCGGGGUGAGCCUUUGCCUCUCCGCCCAGGUGGCAGCCAUGGAAAGACAGGUCGAUGGGCUUGCACGGGGACCAGCGGGCUUUGAGCAGCCCCUUCUGUGUGGGGGCGGAUGGGUGUCGCAUCUCCCUGGAGACGACCGCUGGCCGCAGGUCAGGGACAUGCUGAUGGGUAGAUGGCUGCCCUCUGCUUCCCGGCCAGGCCGUGUGGUGGGCACAAAGGCCCAGCACACCUCCAGCGAGUCCCACCCUCUCCCACAGAGCACGAGGCUGCUGUGCCACUGGGCAGUGAGAUGGGGGACACGCAUUCUGCUCUCCUCCCACCCCUACCCCCAGGCAGGCAAGACAUGUCCCUUCCUUCGUGUGGCACAAACUGACCGGUGCAAGAAAGCUGACAGCCUGGUAGACGCUGCUCUCCGGGGCAGGGCAGGGCAGGCAGAGCUGCCCGUGGUCACCUUUGCGCCUGGGGCUCAGCAGCGGGGGAGAAUGGGGCAGGUGGCUGCAGCCUGCAGCCCGCUGAGGGCAGGAGUGUGGGCGCCGCCAGGCAGACGCGGCUGGACAUGUCCCUGAGAGCCUCUAGCACACUCACCCUCGGUUUCUGUGUUUUGGGACAAUUACUUUAGAAAACUAGUAGGUCGUUUUAAAAACAAAAACUAUUGAUUGCUUUUUUGUAGUGUUCAAAAAAGGUUCUUUGUGUAUAGCCAAAUGACUGAAAGCACUGAUAUAUUUAAAAACAAAAGGCAAUUUAUUAAGGAAAUUUGUACCAUUUCAGUAAACCUGUCUGAAUGUACCUGUACACGUUUCAAAACACCCCCACUGAAUCCCUGUAACCUAUUUAUUAUAUAAAGAGUUUGCCUUAUAAAUUUA